UAGGCGGGCUCGGGCUGCCAGAAAAGUAACGCGGUGACGCAGGAGGCUUGGAGGCUGUCAGCUGCGCCCUGUCGUGCUGUCGGCGGCCGCGUGUGUGUGAGCCGGGGGAAGGGACAGCGAGUGUCGGCAUGCUGGGGGUGAGGAGGAUGGGCAGCGGACGGUGAGGGAGGUGACGCCGCUCCUGUUACCUGGACGCACACUAUCUCCCCCCCCACCCCCCAUCUGCUGCAGGAUGGCAACCCAACACCAGCACAGGGGCGCUGAACCCCCGGACUCCCGACAGCGCACCCCCGGGGACAAGGAACUGCACAGGAACGACAAGUUACUCAAUGGCUGCGUCCCCCUCUCGCAUCAGGUGGCUGGCCAUAUGUAUGGCAAGGAUAAAGUUGGCAUAUUGCAGCAUCCUGAUGGGACUGUCCUGAAGCAACUGCAGCCUCCACCACGUGGACCAAGAGAACUGGACUUCUACAACAUGGUUUUCUCAAGUGACUGCACAGAUUCUAAGCUCCGUGAUCUUAGGACAUUUUUGCCAAAAUAUUUUGGCACAUGGUCUCCACCAGGAUCUGCAGAUGAUCUUUAUUUAAAACUGGAAGAUGUAACUAGGAAGUUUAAUAAACCAUGUAUCAUGGAUGUGAAAAUUGGCCAAAAGAGCUAUGAUCCAUAUGCGUCAGCUGAGAAGAUACAGCAACAGGUCAGCAAGUAUCCUUUGAUGGAAGAGAUUGGUUUCCUAGUUCUAGGCAUGAGGGUAUACCACGUUGAUUCUGACAGCUAUGAAACUGAAAACCAGCACUAUGGACGGAGUUUAAGUAAAGAGACUGUGAAGGAAGGUAUUUCCAAGUUCUUCAGCAAUGGCUGUUGUUUGAGGAAGGAUGCCGUGUCUGCUUGUCUGCUGAAAGUUAAACACAUUCUUAAUUGGUUUGAGCACCAGGAAACACUAAAUUUUUAUGCAAGCUCUCUGCUCUUUGUUUAUGAUGGCUCCUGCCGCCAAAUUAAAACCAAUUUAGUUGAUGGAAACCGGCUGGAGAAGGUCUUUUCUAAAGAGCUGUUUACAGGUGUUGCAGUACCAGAAUGCAAUAACAACAUACAUUUGUUGGGCCCUCUGAGCAUUGAGAAGGGAGAGGAGCAUGAAGAGAAAAAACUGUCCAGAGUCUAUGCUUUUCACAAGAAGACCUACCCCAAGAGGCCACACAGCCAGGCCUUCCUGGAAGGGGAAACGGUAGAGCAAGACCGAGCUUGGAAAAGUCACAACAGUUCUGCACCAGAACAUCUAAAUGGAAACCUCCUGUCUAAACUGGAAAAUGUCUUCUGUCACGUUUCCUCAGAGUCCAAGGAAAACUCACAGGUUGAUGUCAGGAUGAUCGAUUUUGCCCACGUAUUUCCAUGUAAUGAAAAAGACGCUGGCUAUAUCUAUGGGUUGAAAAAUUUAAUUGUGGUCUUGCAGAGUAUUUUAAAUGAAUAACUUUUUGUGACAUUGUGAUUGGGAGCCAAUGACUGGAUAAUCAAGAACGUACCUUCAAGAUUA